GAAUGGGUAUUUGUAAAGGGGGCACGGUACACCACCCGGGAUCGUGGGGAAAAACCCACCCACGAAGCUCAUCUUGGGACAGUUAUCGUCUCCCAGCCUCCCGGGGUUGUUGCGAGGAUAAAACAGGAGUAGGAGGGGAAGAAGACCGCGACCGAGCUUCGUGCAUCACCCUGACUCCCUCGGAAAGAGACCCGGGUAAAACAUAACAGAGCCAAAACAUCCUUCUUACCAACAAUCUGCGAGUCUCCCCAGCGCGCGAGUCGCAGGCCAGCACCCAUUCAUACGACCCGAGUCCCGGACUUCCCUGCGAAGGAAACUCUUCUCUUUGCUACGAGGCUGCUCUCCCGCCUCCAGGCAGCGCCAGCCCGGGAUCUCCACCACACGCGAGUGGCGCGCUCCGGGCUGAGAAUGGUGAGGCCCCAGAACCCGGAAGGCGUGGGGCGAGCGGAGCCGGGGGAAGAGGGACGCGGAGCUUUCGCUUCCGGUGGGAACCACUUUUCCUGCUUCCGGCGGUUGCCAUGGACACGGCAUCGGCUGACACGAGCGCGUAGGUUGGGCAGGAGGGGAAGCCCAGUGCAUGGUUGGAAAUACCCAGAAUAAAACAGGCAAGCAUCCUGUGUUGUUUGGAGUGAAACCUUUUGCAUGUCUACCCUGAAGUAAAUUCCACUAAAUCCAACAUAUUUAGGCUGCAGUCCAUGUCUUCUCAGAAGUAAGGUUCAAUGGGACUUACUCUCAGAUUUUAGCACUGCCACAGAAGAGUGCUAUAAAGCACCGUCAGCACCUAGCAUUCCUCUCCCGCUGCCUUGUGUUGCUGCAGCUGCCCACUGCUGAAGAGGCAAUAAUGGAGGGCCUUUGUGACGCAGAGGACACACUGGCAAGAGCAUCCCAGCUCUGGACGAUGUUGGAUGACAUGGCCAAGAGCAAUCCUGAGAGUUACCACCAGUUCAUGCAGCAGCAGCUAAAGGAUGCAAAGCAGUAUUAUGCUCCUGCAGAGCCAUACAUGUGCCUGGAGGCCCGCAUCCUGGAUCCUACUGAAAAAUCAUUGUUCGUUAACCUCUGCAGGUGGAAUCGGAUUCCAGGACCCCAGUCACCAUCUGACCCAGUGCCAUUAAGGGCUGGCAAAAUGGAGGAGGUAUCUGACAAAUCAGAGUUUUACAGUGUCAUUGAUAUUGCAUACAAUCCAUCUGUUUUUGAGAAGGGAAAGAAUGACCGAGCAAUGAAGGAUCAAUUGAUACGCCUAUCCCUUAAGUAUAUUGAGGAGCAUUACAACAUGACUCUGUUCCACUCCUAUACUAUUGUGAAAUUUCAACUGAAGGGAAGCCUGGAAAGGAUGAGACAGAGCUUAAGGAGAGAGCAGGCACCAGUGUCCCAGAAGAACCUGAGGAAAGAAAUGACACUCAACCAACUGAGAAACAUCGUAACAAAGAAAGAUAGCAGUGACCGUACUCUAUUGGAGAACAUGGUGCCCUCUAAAACGUGCCUCAUUGAAGAGAUUUCCAGUACAGAGAAGCCAGAGGACUUGUGCACACCAGCCUAUGAAGUCACCACCAGAACAGAUGCAAAUGGGAAACCUUUGAAGAUUGAACUAAAAGUUGAAUUGCCUGAGGUACACUGUGUCUCUGAGUGUAACCUAAGCAUUUGUAAGGAUGAUGUAUUGAUUGAAUGUCCUACAAAGUACAAGUUACACUUGGAUCUUCCAUGGUCUGUGAAUGAAGAAGCAACAGCAGCAACAUUUUACAAGAGAAAAAGAGUCUUGCUUAUCUCAAUGCCUGUGUGCCAAUAGAUGUUAGCUCUGUGUGUGUGUGUGUGAGUGUGUGUGUGUGUGUGAGAGAGAGAGAGAGAGAAAUGCUCACUCAGCACUUCCAAAGACUUUGCCUAGGUUAAUAUUAAAGUCUGCUGGCUGCUUGCCUUCAAAACUAUGUUCCUUAAAGCAGGAAUCUUAGCUGCCCUUUGGACAGAUGCAGAGCUCAGUAAUGAUGACUGGAGAUCAGAUAUGCCUCUAACUACAGUACUGUAACUGAACACUAAUGGAAAGUGUUCCAACAUUUAUGUUAAAUAUUCUUAUCACUCAUGGCGUUUCUGCUAUAUUGUACAAACUGCAAGAGAUCAACAACUGCAUGAAAAUACUAUAAAAGCAAUAGUAAAAAAAACCUUUACAUUGCUCCAUUAACAAACAAUAA